AUGGAGGGAAGAAGGGCGGCCGCCGUGUCGUCGUUGGUGGCGGUGGUGUCGCUGCUGCUGGUGUGCUUGUGCUCCUUACUCCCGGCCGUCGUCGUCGCCGGUGACGAGGGCGAGCCGGCGGUGGGGAGCCCGGACACGAACCAGCUGUGCGUGAGCAAGUGCGGGACGUGCCCGACGAUCUGCACGGCGUCGCCGCCGACGAUCCUGCCGAUGACCGCGCCCCCACCGCCGGCCCUGGCGCUGCUGCCGCUGUCCGCGCCCCCGCCGUCGCCGUACCUCGAGCUGGUGCUGCCGCCGCCGCCGCCGGGGGACGUCAACGACCUGCUGCCCCCGGUCACGCCACUAACGAGCCCGCCGGCGCCGGAGUCCCCGUGCUCGACCCCGCCUUCGUCCUCGUCCUCGUCCUCGUCGUCGGAGCCUCCGCCGUCACCACCCGCCGCCGCCACCGAAGAGCAGCAGCGGCGACGGUGGCAGCGGCUCCUCCUCCUCCUCGUCCUCGUCUUCCCCGUCUGCGCCCUCGCACUUCUCGUCGCCGCCGUCCCCGCCGUCGUCGUCCAACCCGUACUACUACCUGUACCUCUCCGGCGGCGCCAAGGCCCGCGGCGGCUCGUCCAGCGCUUGCGCGGCGCUCGUCCUCGCCGCGUUCCUGCCCGUCGUCGCCCUUUUCAAGUGACGCACGCCCAUCAGUCGGCUGUCCAGACCGGCGAACAUGCAUUACGUACGCGCUUCGUUUUGGCAUCCGAUUCGAUGAUGAUCUGUCGACCUUUCCGGUGCCAGAUGAUGGAUCCAUGCAGAUAG